GUGAAACAUCAUAAUUUCUUUCUGCAUUUGCCUUCACCACUUUCUUAAAACUUGUUCCAUUGGAAAGUUGAGGACACAUUCCAACCUCGUGCCAUACAUCAUGACACCCCAACAAACAAAUAGCGCUUCCUCUAAUGCUAUCGAUGUAAUGAAACACAUGGUAGAAAAAGAAUCAAACGAAAGCCAGGAACAAUUAUCAUCGCCACCACCAGCUUCCGAAGAACUCAAGACUUUCGACUCCGAGACUACGGGAACUGUCAGGAACGUCACUAGUAAAAGCCUCGCCUAUUCAUCUGCUAGCAGGAACCACAUCCGUCUCAAGAUGUCCGGCAACAGCACUGGCCUCCCAGUCGGCCUUCGUUCUGCGAAGAUGCCUUCGCUCUUGCAACGAUUGCCUUGCUUUUCAAGCGGCGGUCCCAAGAGUCCGUCUGCAUCAUCCGGCUCUUUCGCGUCCGCAAUCACCGAUUCCGCUCUGAGUGUGAUCGAGAAAGUUGACGACGAGAGCUCGAAGGACACUGAGAAGAGCGAAGACGAGGACAUAUCGAAGCAACUGCCAAUAGCUACAGAACAAUCGGAUAUAUCCACUGAUAGUAAAUCACAAGAGGAAUCCUCACUCUUGUCUCUAAAUGAAGAAGAUAAGGCAUCGAUUGGGGGAAUGAAGGAAGACGCAAAGAACGUUAGUCCCAAUGCCUCCCAGACAGACGUCGAAACAUCCAAGACUUUGGUUGCUCCUCCCGCACCACAGGCACAAUUAGAUCUAGACAGCAUCGAUCUAGACGACAUCCAAAUCGGUGACCUGCAGGGAUUAGACGCUGCAGAUGCAGAUUUUUUACGGGCCAAGUGUCUGAACAAACUUUCGCGCAAGGAACGCGAGCACGUACUGCAAGACAUUCACGGCGUUGCAGAUCUGAUGGAAGAAAGCUCUCRACUCUUCGUGGAAGAAUCUCUCGAGGAAUUCGAGAUCGAAGUCAUCCGCGAAGUGGCCUGGCGCAAGAAGAACAAUGCCAGCGACAAGAGCAUCAAGCAAAAGAGCAACAAGGAAGACGUUGCCGAAUCCCAACAAGAAGAGAAUCAGGAGCAACAGAUACCAGAACUCGAAGAGAAAUUGGGAAAACUUCAAAGCCGGCUCGAUCAAUUGGUUCGUUGCAGAAAGAAUUUGAACCACAGCAUGAAUACCGAUACUGAUUCUUUCCCCAAAAAGCAACUCUCAGCUAAGAACCAUCCUAUGUUCGGAAAGAUGGGAGAAAUUGGUAGAGGCAUGAACCUGCCAUUCGGAUCGAGCUCUAGUUUAAAAAACAAAGACAUGCGUGAAAAUAUUGUGAAGCCAAUGCUGAACCUCUCUUCUGGACUAAGCUCCCCGUUCUUCAGUCCAACAACUGAUGCGGCCUUUUCGCCUGCUGCAAAUGAGUCCCAGGAGGACGCUGCUGACCUGAUCUCGAAAGACGCUACUGCAUACGAGCAAGCACUGGCGCAAUGCCGUAGGCGAAGUCGGAACAGUAGUUUGUUCAGUCCUAGCAUUAGUGAUGGUAACGAUAUUUUUGACGACGACCGAUACAUCGACGUUGAUCAACGAGGAUUUCGUCUGUCUUUUCUGCGCGCCGAGCGAUACAAUACAAAGAAGGCCGCAAAACGUCUCCUUGAUCACUUUGAAGAAAAACGAAGACUCUUUGGUGUCGGUUAUCUCACGUCGAAGAUUCAACUGAAAGACCUCGAUCGUCAGACGAAGGAUUGCUUGGAGUCAGGUCAGAUCCAAUUGCUCCCUGAAAGAGACAGGUACGUUCUCCAUAUGCGCCGGAGUGUUACAUUUCUAUGAAUUCCGAAUCAAAUCUCCGAUUGCGAACACUGAACCGAACACAUAUCUUGUGAACGAGUAUUACUUGCCCUAUUAAUGCUGAUCGUUGCUCACACUCUAAUUUGUUUGAAAAUCUGUACUUGAAACCUUGAUAUCUACAACAACAACUCGGCAUCAAAUUGUAUGAAAUCAACCGUCCAAUUGACGACGAAUGCAGAGCCGGAAGAGCUGUUAUUGUCAUAACUAGUAAACUCGCAAUCAAUAGUGAGGAUCGCCAAUACGAGAAUAGUGUUCUUCGUGCUUUCUGGAUUUUGGCUUCGAUCGCUCUAGAAGAUAAAGAGACAGAAACGAAGGGCKCCGUCSUUGUUAACUACAAUAUUGGUGGAAGCAAUAGCGACCACCUUCUAGGGGUAAAUGGUCAACGCCGUCGAGUUCGCCAGUGGAAAAAUACUCUCAAUGCCUUGCCUUUGCGAGUUGCAUCCUUUCAUUGGUGCGUCGAGAAUUUGGCUUCGAAGCAAGCCACUUACCUCUCGGCAUUGAUGCUCGGUGGAUCGAACUUUGUUCGAGUAAGAUGCCAUGCCGGUUCGGACAAUGAUGUCCAGCACGAUUUAAUGACAUUCGGUAUUCCCAUUGACUUGUUCCCUGUCUCCAUGGCARGCGAAGUCAAUUUGUCGCACCAUUCGAGAUUUUUAUCGAAACGAAAGAAAUCUGAGGCAUCGGUGUUCCUAAACAAGGCCCUUGCGUUGAUCGAAGCACCUCUACUCGAUGAUUCCAUCACAAUGGAUAUGAAAGGAGACGAACAAUUCCUAGAACCGGCGAUUGAUCCUUCACCAGGGGUAGCUACUGGCGGAGAUACAUUCGCGACUGCUCAGUUGCUGACGUCGGGAAAUUUGAGCAGUUAUAGCCCAAACAUCAACUUUCAACAAGAGCAGCAAGAACAGCUAGAGAAACUAAGAAACGCGGACAAUUUUGACCGCAAUACCAUUCACAAUCGCAACGCCCAGUCCGCAUUGGACGACUCCUUAUACUUCCUUGGAAAUGGCAAUUCAAUACAAGGGCAACAUUCAAGCCAACAUCAGUUUCAGCAUAAUCAAUUGGGAAUGAGUAUGGGAAUGGGAAUGGUUCCCCAAUUCCAUCAGCAACAACAGCAGCAACUAAAGCAACCACUUCCGA